GGACAAACUUAAUUAGUUCGCCUCUCAAAAUGGCGGAUGAACCAACACGGGAGUGGAGCGACGAGCAGCUCAAAAGUGAUGAUUUGCCCAAAAAAGACAUCAUAAAGUUCAUCCAGGACAACGCAGCACACUCGUUCCUCAACGAGCAAAAGCUGCUAGGAAACAUUAAAAAUGUCGCCAAAACGGCGAAGAAAGAGCAACUGAUUAUCGCCUACAAUCAGCUCUUCGAGAGCAAAAGGUUUAAAGGCACAGAACCAAUUGAAGAAGUGACCGAGCAGGUUAGGACUGUGAAAAUUGAAGAAAAGGCCAAAGACGUCGAGGUUGUGGACGAGGGGCCGCCCAAGUACUUCAAGUCGGUACUGAAGAAAGGGGACAAGAGCAACUUUCCAAAGAAAGGCGACAACGUGAGCUGCUGGUACACCGGUUCCCUGGAGGACGGCACCGUCUUCGACACCAAUAUCCCCACAACGGCGAGAAAGAAGAAGCAAACCAAACCCCUGACCUUCAAAGUCGGCCUGGGCAGAGUCAUCAGAGGGUGGGACGAAGCCAUCCUGACCAUGAGCAAGGGCGAAACCGCCCGGGUGGAGAUCGAACCAGAGUGGGCGUACGGACGGAAGGGUCUCCCCGACUCAAAAAUUCCACCCAACGCAAAGCUGAUUUUCGAGGUUGAGCUGGUGGCUGUGGAUUAACCGUCCACUGGUGGCCGGCACGCACCGCAGUUUAAAAAAUAAAAAAUAAAUAAGAGGGGAAGAAAAUAUUGAAUUGCCUUGCUGUAAAGAUUGACAUUAAAAUGGUUUUUUUUUUGUUUUUUUAAUUCCACCGUUCUGUUCCUACUUUGUCUCGUUCGUCACCGCGUUACAAGAAACGGGCAUUUGUUCGAGAGUUUUAAGUUUUGCCCAAAAUGUGAUGGCUUGUCAAUAAUGUACAUACAAGACACCCUGAAACCUUAUUCUCUGUAUUUUCUUUUGCAUCUACAAUGUAAAUGAUUAAUAAACCUGUUUCAGAGAUUAAACGGUA